AUGAAUACCUUGACCCUCAUUACUUUCGUGGCAUUGGUGAUUUCGUGUGGCUUUGCGGCACCGAUUGAUCACUUUACCGAAGGUGACGCUUUUCAGUCAAGGAAGGGUUUGAAUACCACUACUUCGCAUGUUGAACGAAGUGGUUUGAAUGCUAGUGAUGCUCAUGUCGCACGAAAUGAUUAUCCCAGCGCGGGAGAUGUGGUUCUUACUUUCUAUGCCAGGAAUGGUGAUUCUUUCCAACAAACUUUCCCUGUGGAUGGAAACAACUACGUCAUUGAUAAUCCCCUCAAAAUCGCAAAGAUAGUCGCGGAAGGAACGGGAUAUUGUGCGAUCACGGGGUAUUCGGGAAGUUUUACACAGACGCAGAAUACGUGUGGUCCGUUGACGGUUAGUCCGGUUAGUGUGCAGGUUUGGGGACAGUGUAGUACAGCGUUGCCGGUGGAGGGGUAUGGGUUGGAUGUUGUGCCUAAUUAG